CAUAUUUUUCUACUAGUCGACCAUAGUCGAUGACGAACCAUCAUGGCGAUAGGUUUUGUUUGCAUCUUUCGAUUUACGGUUGAAAAAUUCAUCGUAAUGGUCUAAAUCAGGUUUUUCUUGUAAUCACUUCUAACAUCCACGGGACCUCCCCUUGUUACUUUGUUUUGAUUAUUUGUAUAUAAAUUAUAAAUCUAAUUAUGGUGAAGUUGACGGAGGAGAUGGUAGUGGCUCGGACACGCGUAUCCGAUUUCUCUGCUGUAAAGAAACUUAAUUGUUGAAUUCAUUGUGAAAAUUCUUUAAAGGUAUAUCUAAUUUCAUAAUAUGUACAUAAUUUUAUAUUAGUAUAUUGUUACUGUAGGGGUAAUGAACUAACUGAUGUAACCAUUUUACGGAAAAUGAAAAAUGUGGAAGUAUUAUCAUUAAGUGUUAACAAUAUCAAUACUCUUGCUGACUUCCAAUAUUGCCUAAAUCUGCAAGAUUUGUUUGUAAGGAAGAAUGAUAUUAAAGACUUGAAUGAAGUUUGUUACCUUCAAGGCUUACCUAAUUUACGAAAUUUGUGGCUUGGUGAAAACCCUUGUGCAGAUAAAGAUGGGUAUCGGUUAGCAGUUUUAAGAGCUUUACCAAACCUACGAACACUUGAUGACAGUGUAGUUUCACCUGAAGAGGUGCAAACUGCAUUAACAAGAGGUCCUAUUUUGGUUCAUCCUCUUGACAUGGAUGCAUCUCCUCCACAAUCAGAUACAGUUAGUCCAGAAGAUAUUGUCACUGAAUAUAUUGAAGAAACUGAAGUGAUACGACAUCGAAGAUAUAGUUCUUCGAGUGAUCAGAGAAGUUUUGAAGAGACACAGCAUACUCAAGAAGAGUAUCAUGAUCCAGAUCGUAGGAAUGCAAACUAUAAUGCAUCACCACCUCAUUGUUAUUCACAAAAUAAUCAGUAUACAUAUGAACCACAGAAUGGACAGUCAAAGAAUCACAGCAAAGAUGACACUGUACAUACAGAGUCACGCAACAUCAGUGAAAAUGUGACCACUAACACUGUUCAAAUGAUGAAGGAGUAUGAUGACCGACCAGCAGUUUCAAGACAAAACGGAGAAUAUGAUGAAAGACGAAAUUACUCAGAUUAUAGUAAUAAUGAAACAACUCAACGUAUAUAUGUAGCAACGUCGCCGCGUGCACAAUACUCCUUAAAUGAAACCAUAGAUGAUAGACGUUCAGAUAGAAGCAAUUACGAAUAUGAUAAUAGAUUAAAGUCAGAUUACGAAGAACAACACGAGCAAAGGAUAAAGUCAGACUAUGAGGAGCAUCAACCACCACCCCCAUCUAGACGAACAACAAUCCAUCAAAAUGUUGAGAGGGAAGAUUCAAAUCAAGUUCCAGGAUGGGUGAGACAUUCUGACAAAGAAAAAUGUAGGACACAAUUUCACUAUCAUAGAAGGCCUGUUACAAGGAACUCGAACAUAUUAUCAGCUGUGUUAUGCUUAGUUAAAGAGCUUGAUUACCCAAGCUUAGAAGUGGUAGAAAUGGCUGUUAGGAAUCGAAUGGACGAAUUGGAAGAAUGAUGUUUCUGACCCCGUCCCCAAAAUUCUCAGGGGACGGUUGCCUUCUCUCGCAUGGGCAGUCUUUCUUCAAUUCCAAGUCCAGAAUUUUCGGAUUCUCUCGAUGCAACAAUAAUUCCUUCUAAAUGCGUUGAUAACGAUGCAAAUUGUAAUGUUGAUCAUCGCACACGUGACCGCCAUUCAAUUGAUGAUAAUGAGAAACGUCAAAUUCGUCGUAAUGGAUCCAUGGAAACCAGUCCGAAAAAUAUAUCAAUCGAUCCAAGUCCGAGGUAUUUUGGAAACAAUCAAAGCGUGUGUAAACUUAGAGACUCUGUACCGGAUAACUUAAUGUCAGUAGUCGGUAACUGUGAAGAAAGAAAAGCCAAUGAUGUUAGAAGAGUAGCGAGCAGUGAUAGCAUCCCCCGAGGUGGGUUUACUGGUUUAACUUUGAGUCCAGGGUGCAGAGUUUUAAGCCAAGAUUGUGUGAGAAGGUCAAAAAGUCCUGAUGUUAGAAACACGAUUGUCCCUCUUCGCUACAUUCAAUCGGCGAAAGGUACUUGGACAUAUAAUUUAUAGGUUAAAUUGUACAUUACGUUAAUACUCUCGUGAAAUUGAAAAGAUUCUUUUAGACGUGUGUUUAGAGGGAAUCCUAAAUAUUAUUAAACUAAUCAUUGCAUAACUUAAAAGAAGUAACACAGUUUCGUCUGGUUUCUUGAGAGAAAAGAUAUAAAAAUAUAUAUAAAAUUAGAAACGAUUGUGAUAUUUCUGCAAGGGUGAAAAAAUUAAUUAUCCCUAUGUAUAUGCAUACCAUACAAUACAUGAAUACCCUCAAAAUGUCAGCAUCUUAAUCUAGUUUAAGUAAACAAUGUAAAAAUCAAAAUGAUCAAAUUUUGCAUUCUUUAAAAUAAGUUUAGUAUUUAUUGUAUUGAUAAUUUAGUAUGUUGAAAAACCAAUUCUGAAAUAACGUCACUUAUUAUAUUCGUGUAAGUAAAUAAAGUUGCAGUUCUGAUAGUUUUUUUUUUUACAUUAAUUUGUUCAAAGUAUUACGCGACUGUUGUUUUUUCAAAAAUUUUUGUUGACUAUAACCUAACAAUACAUUUAAAUUAUGUUCUGUACAUACGGCAUCACAUGAAAGAUAAAUUUCAUAACGAAUUAAACGUUUUUUAACGUUGUUUGAUAACGUUUAGUUAAGUAUUUUACAUAGGUUUGGUAUCUGUACAAAUCUGAUCUUUAUAAUGUGCAAUAAGUUGCGAAUAUAGUUGCAUGUACAUGUGUACAAGGCACUUGCAAAUAUUUGAACAGUAUGUUUAAGAGUUUUCAGGCGAGUUAUUGAGUACUAUUAAAUAUGAUAUCUAAUUUUUAAUAUGUUUUUUUACACGUUUACAUUUACUUAAGUAGUAUUCGAGCCUUUGUAAAAACUUCCCGUAUACAAGCGUAUCCCGAAAUUACAAGUUCAGUGCUUUCUUUAACUUGUAAAGUUACUUAAAUGCCACACAACAUUAGGAAUAAUAUUUCAAGUUAAUACUGCAAUUAAAUAUUAAUGCAACGAUUAUUUUUUUUUAUAUUUUAUUGCCAUUUCUUAUUAUUUUCCAUAUUAUUUUUACGUCUAACUAAAUUUUUGCAUUCAAUAGCAAGUCAUGAAUAUAACCAUUUCAUUAAUAUUUAUUGCGUCGUAUAAUAAAAUUGUACUUAAAUGUAUGAAGUAAAACAAUAUGACGAGAAAACAAGACAAAAGGAGAAUAAGCCUGUGUGGUAGCACGUACUAUAGAUUAAUAUUAGAUUGAUAAAUAUGCAUGGCAUAUUUUUUUGCAAUGAAAUCUUCGUACAGUAUAAAUGGAUAAAUAUUGAAAGAAACCAAAGAAAAUGAGUAACUAAAUUUUUUCCACAAUCUAAA